GCGCUCUGUCACGCAACUUCAAUUUGCAUAAACAGAUUAAACCGACACAUCGUCAACUUCAAUCCAAGAAGGAAGACCAGGGUUUGAGCAAUUGAGCUUUAUACGAACUACAGAAAAGAAAAGAUGUCGCUGGAGAUGGGAAAAGGGUCGCCGGAAUCGGACACGGAGAACCGGGAUUUUAGGCUGGAAACGGAGCUGACAUUGGGCUUGCCGGGAGGCCCGUUCCGUGGACCGACGAAGACCGGAGCCAUACCGGCCGGUUUAAAGCGCGGGUAUUCGGAGACCGUUGAUCUGAAUAUGGUUAGCUCGAAGAACAUAUGCUCGGAAAAGGAUGGUGCCGGUGAUCGGCCUGAAAAUGGGAUCUCCGAUGCAGCAAAAGCACCCGAAGCGAAGGCGCAGGUGGUGGGGUGGCCGCCGGUGAGGGGAAACAGGAAGAACAUUGGGAUGAAGAUGAUGAGUGGUUGCAAAUACGUGAAGGUAGCGGUGGACGGAGCUCCAUAUCUGAGAAAAAUCGAUUUGGAGAUGUGCGCCGGCUACUCCCAGCUUCUCCGAGCUCUUGCUGAUCUAUUUUCCUGUUUCACCAUUCGUGAUUAUGUGAAUGAGAGAAAGCUUGUGGACGAUGUGAACGGAGUGGAGUAUGUGGCUACGUAUGAGGACAGAGAAGGGGAUUGGAUGUUGGUCGGAGAUGUUCCAUGGAAAAUGUUUGUUGAAUCGUGCAAGCGGCUGAGGUUGAGGAAAAGCUCUGAGGCAAUUGGCUUAGGUAUUAAUAGUUUUAUAGCUUAUAAAUUUCCUUUCUUCUUUUUCCCAUUUCAAUUUUUAAUUACAUGAAAAAAAUAUUUAACUAUAUUUAAUUAUAUAUAUAUAUAUAUAUGUAUAUGUUAUAUUGAUUUUGUUUUUGCUUUAUUUUUGAGUUAAUGCAGCUCCGGGGACACCUCCAAAAUGCACAAGCGCAGGAUGUUAGAAGAGAGAGAGAGAGAGAGAGAGAGAGAGUCCUAAAUUAAGUUGGCAUCUUGGAAGUAACGAGGAUCCACAUAUGUGUUGCAUGCAUGCAUGUACAGAUUUAGGGUCUUAUAUAAUAUUAGUAUUGCAUAUAUAUAAGAUUAUCUGUGAGGAUCGAACGUUUCAGUUCUUCUAGCUAUUAUUCCUUUAAUUUCCCCGUGUAUGUUAUUUGCUUUGGUAGCUAGCUAGGGGAGUUUUGAUCUAAUAGAAAUCAUGUAUUAAGAGGAAAAUAAGGCAGACUUGACUUGUCUAGCUCCUUGUAAUUACCUACUUUUAUAAUUAAUGAUGAAGCAAAUUGUUGUCGGUGCAA